GCAAAGCAAGCACCAAGCUAGUUCAUGCUACAUGCAUCAUUAGAGAUGACAAUGGGAAUUAGGUUGGUAUUUGCAACUAUUGUUGUGGGAUGGUUGUGGGUCGAUAUGAUUGUUGUCAUGGGAGACGUUGGAACAGCUACAUCUUACGACCCUCCUUACCUACCCACAAGAUGCCCAGGUUACAGCAGAGAACGGUUUCCAGGGGAUGGUUUGUUCGCCGCGGCAAGCAAUGGGGUGUGGGACAAUGGUGCGGCAUGCGGUCGGAAGUAUAGAUUGCGGUGCUUGAGCGGGCUCAGGCGACCAUGCAAAGACAACACCAUAACAGUAGAGGUGGUUGAUCUUUGUCGAGACAAUCCAUGCCAGUCGACACUGGCCUUAUCUAACAAAGCCUUUGACGCCAUUUCUACGAUCCCCAAUACCAAAAUCAACAUCGAAUUUGCUCAGAUCUGAUGUAUUGAGAGCUCCUUGAUGUGUGGCCAGCAACAGUUCUAUCACGUGACAUCACUAACUCCAUUUUAAUAUAUGUUCUAAUCUGCAAGGGCUGUAUAUUAUUGUUCUCUGCCUUCUUUUCUACCUGAAAUCA